CUGGGGCUGCCGUUGCGUUCAGUGGUUGUAUUGGUGUUACGAUGUGUGAAUGGGUUUAUUUCGCUGCAUGAAGAGUGUUUUCAUCAAGUUGUGAAUGGUUAUUACCGAAAUUAACACCUUUACUUUGUCUAAAAAUAGUGUUGUGAUCAUCAGUGAAUAAAAAGGUUUAUUUGAUUGAAAAUUACGUGCGGAAGUGGACAAAAUUGUGUAAUAUUAUUUCAACUUCGCCGGCUUGUUGUGGUACAAUCAUUGAUUUGAUAGAUGCCAACAAUGUAGCCUCUGCGAGUUUUACAUUCAGUGAAAAGUGAAUUCUAUCGACGAACAAUCCGAUAACACUAUUUUGAAAAGUUCGACGCGGUGCAAUGCAAAAUGCGCGCGCGUGAUUGGUUCGAGCGUUCGGCGUAUCAGUGAUUAGUGAUGUGCGGUGCAGAUAGUGGAUAUCGAUAGUGGUUAAAAUGGCGACGAUGGAUUUGACUAACGAGGUGGUGCGGUUGCGCGCCGAACUCGAAAAGGUUUCGACGGAGCGGGACAUGCUUCUGUGCGAAGUAUCCAAUCUACGGAGGGAAUUGGAAUUGAGCGAGUUGAAACACUUACAAGAUGACAGCUUCUCGCAAAAGGUCGAUGAGGAGGAGAACAGCGGCGGCGUGACGCUGCACCCGCCGGACGGGUUCUACUCGCACCAGCACAGCAUACACAGCGGCCACCAUGGCCACCACGCGGAGCCGGACCGCGGGUACAUGGAGGGCAACCGGUACGUCACGGCGGUACAUCGCCCCAUGCCCGCAUUAAACCACUCCAACUCGUCAUGUUCCUCCGCUUCGAACGCGUCCACCGGUGCGGGGCUCUGCGCGGGCGCGGCGGAGCCGGCGCCGCCGCUGUACAUCGCUGCACCGCCCGAGGGGUUCGGCCUCGCUGUGCACACGAACAGGCGAGGCACAGACGUUGGGAUCAUUGGCAGUACUGGGAUAACGCAAAAAGAUACAAGUUUACCCCAAAAAAGGGGGAAACUGACACGAGGCCGCUAUGAAAUGUCGCAAGACCUGCUCGACAAGCAAGUUGAGAUAUUAGAGAGGCGGUACGGUGGGCUGCGCGCGCGCCGCGCCGCGGUCACCAUACAGCGGGCGUUCCGGCGCCGGCAGCUGCUGAAGAAGUUUAGCGCUAUCACCGCUAUGGCUAAAGCGGCCGACUCGAAUGCGAGGAGGAUGCAGGACGGCGAGCAUUUGAUGGUUAAUGGUAACGACAUAUACGCAAACACGAUGCUACAAAAGAGUCCCGCCGGGUCGGAAAAGAUGCUGGCCCUCACCAGACCGAUGCGGUCCAUGUCACUCAGAGAGCGCCAUGAUGUUGAUUUGGGGAACCAAAACGACGUGGACGCGAUGGUGGCUCGCGUGCAACAGUCGGCGCACCAGAUACACAUGAUCGCCAGCGAGAUACCGCACCACAGAGGCGAUGCUGACAGUGGGGUGUGCAGUUGCUCAGUGAGCGGAUCUGUGACCAAUAUAUCGACGUCAUCAUCACACAAUGAAUCUCUACAUAACCACCAAUUGUUAAAUAAUUCAGGACCCAUAUAUGGGAACCUGCUGUCGUCAGGUGGUAAGCCACUGUCGUCACCAACAGCUCGACAGCAGCAGCAGUUGGCGGCGAUACAAGCGGCCAACGCGAGGCGGCUACCACCAGAAGUGCCCAAACGGACCAGCAGUAUUACGCUAAAUGCGGAGAGUCCAGUGUCCCUCCGGCGGGCGGAGUGCGGCGCGGUAGUGCGCGGCGGGUCGAUGUCCUCCGUGCAGUCCUCCUCGUCCUCCUCGUCGCAGGAGCACCGCCACCACUACCACCAGCCGUACCAGCCAAGGCUUCAGGAGGCGCACGCGCACGCGCACGCGCACGCGCUGGCGGGCGCGCUGGCGGGCGAGGCGGCGCCGGGGCACGCGCGCGCCGCGUCGGGCUCGCUGUACGAGGGCGAGCGCUACGCGGUGUGGAAGCGGCAGGACGCGCCGCCCUACUAUGACGCGCCGCCCGCCGCCUGCUGCCGCCCCGCGCACGACCACGCGCCGCAGCCCCUCAAGGUAUCAGAAACGGUCCGCAAGCGGCAAUACCGCGUGGGCCUGAACCUCUUCAACAAGAAGCCGGAGCGCGGCAUAGCGUACCUGAUCUCGCGAGGCUUUCUAGAGAAUUCGCCGCGAGGUGUCGCCCGGUUCCUCAUCACCAGGAAGGGGCUGAGCAAGCAGAUGAUCGGCGAGUACUUGGGCAAUCUGCAGAGCCCCUUCAAUAUGGCUGUUUUAGAGUGUUUCGUGAACGAGCUAGACCUAUCCGGCAUGGCAGUGGACGUAGCGCUGCGGCGGUACCAGGCCCACUUCCGGCUGCCGGGGGAGGCUCAGAAGAUCGAGCGGCUGGUUGAAGCCUUCGCGAGACGGUAUUGCGUCUGCAAUACGGACUUCGUGCAACGGCUGAGGACGCAGGACACGAUAUUCGUGCUGGCGUUCGCGAUAAUAAUGCUGAACACGGACCUGCACACGCCCAACCUGAAGCCGGAGGCGCGCAUGUCGCUGGACGACUUCGUGCGCAACCUGCGCGGCAUCGACGACUGCGGCGACAUCGACCGCGACAUGCUGGCCGGCAUCUACGACCGCGUCAAGGCCAGCGAGUUCCGCCCGGGCAGCGACCACGUCACCCAGGUGAUGAAAGUACAAGCGACGAUAGUGGGCAAGAAGCCUCACCUGGCGUUGCCGCACCGGCGGCUCGUGUGCUACUGCCGGCUGUAUGAGAUACCGGACAUACAUAAGAAGGAGCGUCCGGGUGUACAUCAGAGAGAGGUGUUCCUAUUCAACGAUCUGCUGGUGAUAACGAAGAUAUUCAGCAAGAAGAAGUCGUCAGUGACGUACACGUUCAGGCAGUCGUUCCCGCUGUGUGGGAUGCUCGUCAAUCUGUUCUCUGUGCCACACUACCCGUUCGGCAUCCGGCUGUCGCGGCGCGUGGACGGGCGGCGGCUGGCGACGUUCAACGCGCGCAACGAGCACGACCGCUGCAAGUUCGCGGAGGACCUGCGCGAGAGCAUCGCCGAGAUGGACGAGAUGGAGGCGAUGCGGAUCGAGGCCGAGCUCAACCGGGGCAAGGGCCGCAACACGGCCAACACGGCGCGGAACGUAAUGGAGAAUCGAGACAGCGGUGUCGCUGAUGUGGAAAUUGACCACCAACAGUGCAUGGAUCAUAUACACGUUCAUGGCGCGGUGCCGCCGCCGCCCAGCUGCCCCGCGCCGGCCGCGCCGCGCGCGCCGCACCCGCCGCCCACCACCGUCAUCAAGCGGAACGUGCUCAGCAACUCCUUGGUCGAUAUCAACGAUCCCGUGGCCCUGGCGGCGGAGCGGCUGCAGCGGCGCGGGUCGGUGGGCUCGCUGGACAGCGGCAUGUCGGUGUCGUUCCAGCAGGGCAGCCGCACCGCGCUGCACGCCACCUCGCCGCGGCACCCGCCGGAGCAGCGCUCGCCCGGUCGUUUGUUUGGAGGCAUAUUCCCGGGCCGCCAACGUAAACUGAGCGCAUCGGGAAUACCGGAUACCAAGAGCCAAGUUGGGAAAAGCACCGAAGUUUAAUCGACUCGCAUUGUCUAUUCGGUUUUAAAAUAUCGAUUAUAUUUAAUCGAUUCUGGCAAAUCUCGAAUGUCGGCCAUUCGAGGUUGUGGAGCGUUUCGAAUGCGUUGAUUUUUUUCUUAAAUCGAUUUUUAUCAUUCCGAUUUCUUUUGUGCCAUCUUGAAUUCCAUUUUAGGUUUAGUGACAUUUCACUAUCGGGUGAAAUACGGAUCAUGCGUUCUCUGUCUGACAUGCGUGUGAUUGAGAGUGAUAGAGUAAGAUGGCAUGAUAAUUGACUUCCACUAAUGUCGUGAUUGGUUGAAGUUUCAGGGUAUUUGACUGUAGUAAUGACGGUGCAUUACUUUACCUGGGCGUAUAAAUAAGGCAUUGGGAAUCCAUUGGUCUUACGGUUAGGAUUGGGCUAUACUUAAUAAAUGCUAAAUCAAAAUGGAUAGGAUUUUUUCUGAUUUUGACACUUGAAAUUAAACAAAAGGUGCCAAGAAACACAUUGUUAUAAAGCAUUUUUUGGCGUUUAUAGUAACCUAAAAGUUAAGUGAGUAGAAAAAAUGUUUAUUCUAUGAGCUAACUUUUUUGCAUCUAUUUAUUUGAUGUAGCUUGAAGAUACGGAACACAUUGACUGAAUUGAAAAUCUAUGAAUCGAGAUCGGGGUCCACGUUUUGUAGGAAAUACGGUAUAUAAAUGACGAAUGUUGAAAAGUUUGGUUUUGAUUAUCGUAUUCUUGAUGAUAUAAUAUGAUGAAAUAAUAUCAGACGACAUAAUAAUUUGUAAGAUUAAAAAUUAUAUAAUUAUUCAUCAAUCUUUGUAAGACAGAAUAAAUAAUUCUGUUUAAAAUAUCUUAAUACAGUUUUGGUCAAUCACAAAUAAAAAAAAUAUGUAAUACAUACUACUAUUUGUAUGGUUUUAUUAUGGUCUUGUUCGAUAAAACAGAUAAAUCGGAAAAUAUAGAUUGUGGAGGUAAUAUUCGAAGCAAAAUAAAAAUCAGCUAAGAUUCUGUUAUGGACAACGGGUAACACAGCAACGCGAUAUCUUAUUUCCGCUCAAAUGAACUGCACUAAUACAAAACAUAAUUACAUUUUGUGAUUCUUCAUAAAUUUCAUCAUAUUUCAGAAGUAUACGAGUAUUUAAACUUUAAUUCUGCGCUAAGCAGUGUUCGGCUGGUGAAUUUUUCACUAUAACAAAGAAUGAAUCGACAAAAAUCCUAUAGGAAAUUGCGUUCCGUUGGUCCGGUUGUUUAAAUAACAUUAUGUUUAUUCGAUUUUGAAGGAGAAACUAAUUUUGUCAGGUAAAAAAAUAACAUAAGGGUAUGUAAUAAACAGGGUUAUCCAACCAAAAUAAGUUUGAAAUUUGACACAAUAUAGGUAGAUUGCCAACAUCUCAGGAACUAAGGGUUUUUGGAUACUCAACACACGAAUGUUACCAACUCUGGAGUAUUACAAAUACAUAGAUACAUAUAACGUCAUAAAAUAACUUCUUUAUUUAGAAUAAUUUGUACAUACGUUCAAAAUAUAUACAAUAGAUGUUUAUAUUAAUUUGCACAACUAAUUCAAAAUAGAUACAUCACGUUAAUAACGAAUUUAUUAAAACGUUGUUGAGAGUUGUUGUUAGAAUUAGAUAAAUUUUUGGAAUUCAUUAAAUUAUUAUCGUGGAAUAGUGUUGUUCAUUCUAAAGUAUAAUAGUCGUCCAUGUACCAUUCAUUUCAGUCCAAAAUUAGUACUUAAAUAAAUACAGAUAUUUAUGGUUAUAUAUAGUUAUUAUUACUUCGUCCUAUUCUAAAGGGAAGAAGCGAAAAGUAUUCAUAUAUCACCCUAAAACCCUAACGUUACCCUAACAUUACCCAACAUUACCAUUAACCUAAAAUUUUAGCGUUUAGGUAUUUAUAUCUCUGGUUAAAUCCUAGUUAUUUCAUUAAACAAGGAGAAAGUAGGUAGUUAAAAAUGUUUCGACGAAUUUUCUCACUCGGAGGUUAAAAAAGGGUUUUCAAUAAAAUUGUUAUUGGCUAUCCUUAUGAGAUAGAUAUAUAAAAUGAUAUUUAAAAUAUAUUUUUUAUCUCCAGUGUCUCUUCAAAUGGUCGGAAACCCAAUGACUAUUUCCUUGGAGUAUGUUAGAAGCACUAGUGACGAUUAAAAUGAAAUGUUCGCAUUCGCUUAAAAAUAGGCACUGGAAAUUUUAUAUGCACAAAUCAAUAGUACUAGCCAUUUACUUCAUAGAAAAAUCUCGAUUCACUAGUACUUCUAACAUUACCCAAAAAUUUCUAACGGCUAAAAAAUCUUUACUAUACAUAGCGUUAAAGUAGCUACUGUUGACUUUGUACCAGUUAUUUAGGCUUGUUGUUUCUACUAUUUGAUACGUGGGUAGAUAGAAAAACUAAUUGUUGAAAAUUUUCAAAGGAUUUGCGUCCCUAUUGCUUGUGACUUAAAGCUCGUUAUUGGAUGUUACUAAUUAUUACUAGAAUUCUUCGAAAAUUUUGACCAAUGUAUUUUAAAUACUAAAAGUACUGGCCAUAAUUAAUUGUAAACUUUUUUUAAAUUUUCUGAAAACAAUUUAUAAAAAUGAUUUUAAUUGAAUACUGUCCAAAAUUGUCUUAUUUUAACAUGACUUAAAUGUACUUAAUUUAUAAUUAGUUUCACCCAAUAACGUAUUUCCUACUUAAUGUAAUCGAAGAACGUUUCGUUCCUCCUACCUGAUUGACUUAACCAAAUGUACAAUUUACGUAUACGUCUUUGUAUGCUGUCCAUUUUCCACGAAUCUCCAAGUAGGCUAAGAAGCUUUAUUUUUUAUUAUCUGUGUAUACUUUGCGUUUCAAACAGCAUAAAAAGCAACAGCGUGACGUGAUAUUAGUCAAAAUGAUAAUUUAAGAUGCAAAAAGACGAGUAAUGUCGAGUGUUAAGGCUAUUUGAAACGCAUAGUAACAGCGUACAGCGCAAUCACCUGAAUACAACACUUCAUUUGGUAUGGUUUUCUAUUGUAAUACAAUGUCAUUUUUUUGCGCUCAAAAGGAAGUUAAUUUUGGCGCCAGAUUAAAUAUACGUUCUGAAAUGCGCUUGCGCCGUGCGUUGUAACGUAUAUGCGCAUUUUGUGUCGACCAUGAUGUUACAAUUAUUUACUUAACUUUUAGUAACAACCAUAUCGAUCAAUAUGCAAACAUAGUAUGAAAAUAAUUAUGUUAAUAUAAUUUUCUUUUAUCAUGGUAUAUGAAAAAAAGCAUAUUUUAAUGCUUCCUAUGAAUAAAGUGACAUAAUUUGGUCCAUACAAUUGUUAAAAUUCUAACGCUACUUUUAAAAUGUAAUGCAUUACGAUAAAAGGAAUUGAUUAAGCGUUUCGCCGUUAAAUUUUGAACCUUAUAUACUUAAAUGUAACUUUUGAUCUUUUAAUAUAAGGAGGGUUGUUGAAUCACGUAUUUCAAGCGACGUAUUUGUAAUUUUGUCUCGGAAUAAAUAUUUUUUCAUAUGUUACAAAUAUGGAUUCAGUUUUUACUUAAAUAUUUUUAAUAAUUUUAACUUAUAUAAUACCAUCCGAGUCCAUAUUUGAAACGUGACUGUGUGAAGUUGUUUGAAAUGCUUUUGUAAAUUUCGCUUGAAGCCAAAGAUGUGUUUUGUGUUCACAUUAUACAAACUGUCUUCUAAAAUGUGUGCAUUGAAUUUAUUAUGAAUGAAAUUGUAGUGUCAAAAAGGCACUAUCUCUUUCUUACCGACUUAAUAGACAGAGUUAGAGUGAGACAGCUUCAUUCAUAGAUAAUUUAUGCGUCAGCAUACACUAGAUAAAACAGAUUAUACCAACUAUAUUUUAUCUGUUUAUAUUUCAUAAGUUCAUUUGACAUUUAAGUUUUUCUGUAAAAUAAAUCUUACUAACUUAUUUACAUGUAUGUAUAUUGAAGAGGACAUUUAAUAUAUAUCUUUUAGUUAUUGUUAUGUAAAAUUAGAACUAAGCAAUAAACGCGCCGUGCGUCUCCCUAUGUAUUGUAUAAUAUAAUGUUGUUGAGAGUUGCUACAACUAAGUCACUUACAUUAGUUUUAUUUAAAAAAGCAAAAGUGUAUUUAUUUAUUAAAUAUGAAUUAACAUUCAUGAAGAA